CGGGUAACCAUUUUAGAGAGUCCGGGGACCCCAAACAGAUUUUUUGACAACGUUUUCUGCUAAAAUCGGAGUAUUGUCGCUUUUAGAAGACCGUUCCUCCAUUGCAUUCCAUAGCGCUCUCUCUCUACACUCACCCACAUCACGCAGUGCUUGUGAGUAUAAGUCCGCAGCUGAUCACUGUGCCGCGCGCUGGUUGAGGAGAGCUGAACUUUGGAUCCGAUUUUGCGGUUUGAGUUUCUGCAAAAAGUUGCAAUCGACGAAGGUUCUGUACAAAAUGGAAGAUGGAAGUUGUAAUGCUAUGGCAAAACGCAUGAAAGUUGCUGUGGAAGAUGGGGAGACCUUGGUGGAAGAUGAAUCCACUGCACUGGUUUCAGUGGAAGAAAACGGACCAAGAGCUUCUGAACAAGUAAAGAUUGAAAUUGCUCAUAUUCUUGAAAAGAUCAACAGCUUCACUGAAAUGGUGUCUGAGCUGCUAGAAUCUGGGAAGUCCAUGCUGAAGGAACUGAGCAAUGAUUUUGAGGAACGCAUGAUUUUGAUACACAAGGAGCAGAUUCUGAAGUGGCAUGAGGAAAUCAAUGAACUUCGCUCGCUUGAUGCUGCAAAUGAGGAUGCCGAUGCUCUUUUGCAGAAUGCUAAAUAUCUUCUUCAGAAUGCCCAUGCUGGCUAGCUCCUUAUGUAGUGGAUGAUAAGUGUCUACAUUUGACAGGAGAUCCAAUUCGAACGAUUUUAGUACUUCGUCUAUUUUGGAACAAUUCAAGUGUCUCUUGUAGUAUAAUUGUAAUUAGUAAUGACUUCAAUCUUGUAUUCAGUUUCUUAGUUUGGUGUACAGUGUCAGCAACUGUUAUGACCAUGUUAAAGAGAUUUGAGACAUUAACAAGUGUUGGAUCUGUCAAUGGUUUAGCUGAAAUUCGAUGCUUUUCUAGCUUUGCAUGGUUAUCUGAGAAAAAUAUUUUAGUGCUUGGGAAGUUA